UGUUGUUCCUACCCACAAGAAGGAAAGCAACGGGAAGCUCUCCGUUUGCAGCAAGCUCUGCUAUGCCAUCGGCGGCGCUCCCUACCAGAUCACCGGCUGUGCUCUGGGCUUCUUCCUCCAGAUCUACCUGCUGGAUGUGGCACAGCUGGAUCCUUUCUAUGCCUCCAUCAUCCUGUUCGUGGGCCGGGCAUGGGAUGCCGUCACAGACCCCAUGGUGGGCUUCUUCAUCAGUAAGACCUCCUGGACACGCUUUGGACGCCUCAUGCCCUGGAUCAUCUUCUCCACACCAUUUGCCGUGAUCUCCUACUUUCUGAUAUGGUUUGUGCCAGACGUCUCCAGCGGUCGAAUGAUGUGGUAUCUUCUCUUCUACUGCAUGUUCCAGACCCUUGUGACGUGCUUCCAUGUCCCCUACUCAGCGCUGACCAUGUUCAUCAGCCGGGAGCAGAGCGAGCGGGACUCUGCCACUGCCUAUCGUAUGACUGUGGAGGUUUUGGGCACAGUGCUGGGCACAGCCAUCCAGGGGCAGAUUGUGGGCAAGGUGGACACCCCAUGCAUCCACAGCGAAGAAAAGGCUGGGAUCAACUCCUCAGUGGCCAUGGAAGAGGUGAACAUGACCCACAACACUGGCUCGCUCACGGACACGAAGAAUGCAUACAUGAUCGCAGCCGGUGUCAUUGGCGGGAUCUACGUCCUCUGUGCUGUGAUCCUGUCGCUGGGCGUGCGGGAGCAGCGAGCCUCUAAGCUCGAGUCAGAUGAGCCCGUCUCCUUCUUCCAGGGGCUGAAGCUGGUAAUGAACCAUGGUGCCUACAUCAAGCUGAUUACCGGCUUCCUCUUCACCUCUCUGGCCUUCAUGCUGCUGGAAGGGAACUUUGCCUUGUUCUGCACUUACACCCUGGGCUUCCGCAACGAUUUCCAGAACAUCCUCCUGGCCAUCAUGCUCUCGGCCACCUUGACCAUCCCCCUCUGGCAGUGGUUCCUCACGCGCUUUGGGAAGAAGACGGCUGUCUAUGUGGGGAUCUCGUCUGCCAUCCCCUUCCUCAUCCUGGUGGUCGUCAUAGAGAGCAACCUCGUCGUCACCUACCUUGCAGCCAUUGCAGCCGGGAUCAGCGUUGCUGCUGCUUUUCUCUUGCCCUGGUCCAUGCUGCCGGAUGUCAUUGAUGACUUCAGUCUCCAGCACCCUGACUCUCGUGGCCAUGAAGCAAUUUUCUUCUCCUUUUAUGUCUUCUUCACCAAGUUCGCCUCUGGGGUGUCUCUGGGAGUCUCCACGCUCAGUUUAGACUUUGCAGGGUACCAAACCCGGGGCUGCUCCCAGCCUGAGGCAGUGCACACCACACUGAGGGUGCUGGUAUCAGCAGCCCCAGUGGCCCUCAUCCUCCUGGGCCUGCUCCUCUUCAAGCUGUACCCCAUCGAUGAGAAGAAGCGGAGGGAGAACAAGAAAGCCCUGCAAGAGUUAAGCAGGGAGGAGAGCAACAGCAGCUCAGAGUCAGACUCCACAGAACUCGCCAACAUCGUGUGACCCGGGCUCCCCUCUGUGCACUGUUUCUGCACUGGGCUCUCUCAGGGCUGGCCCCUCUCUGGGACUGGACUGAGCUGAUGCUGAUGUAGCACAUGUUACCCCAGCCUCGGGAAGUACCGGUGCUAUGCAGGGCUCUGCAGAGCAUCUGCAGCCAAAAGGAAGGAGGAUCUGCAGUGCACUGGGCUCGUGCCUUAUGGGAGAUGCAUUGGUUGCCGAUAGAGUGCAUGACACGGGAUCUCCUCCGGACUCUACUAAUGCGCUUCCUAGCAAACAAGCACUAAGCAAAAUCGCCAUGCAGCUGUCUGCAAUGCACAGACGCCCAUGCCAGAGGGUUCUGGCUUGUAAUAUGCGCUAGAGUUGUGCCUACUGCCUGUCUCGCAGUCAUGUACCAGGUCCCAUGAGCACGGAUGUGGGCACUCUUUCUCUCUGGAUCACUAUGGACGUGCUGCUUGGUGUAUGUUACACUGUCCACGGGAACAUGCCAAAGGCAAACUCGCCCGUACUGUCUGUAAAUAUGACACUAAUUUAGGAAGAGCCAUUUUUUUUUAUAAAGAGCCUAAUUAAUUAACUUAAGGAUGUUGUAAAUAGAAGAAAAACUUGGUUUUGUUCCUAUUUGUAUAUGUCUGUAUGGAAACCAAAUGAGCUAUUAAUAUUAAUUUCCAUAAAAGGGGGACAAUGUCACCUAUCUUAGCAUGGUAGAUUUUUUUUUUCUUCUUUAUUCUCCUUUCCCUGUGCUCAAGGUUCAUACAGGCAUCUGGACCAAGAGGCUCAGAGUCCACAGGUCCACGUGGGGUCCAUCUAGCCUUCAAGAGCAGAUGCCGUGCUGAUUUUUCACAGAGGAAUGUCAGUGAACUGGAUGAUCUCCUGUCUUUGCUGUGUGCGAUUUGAGCCCUGUGCAUUCCCAGCUCCUCAGACCCAUGUUCCUCUCCUCCUCCUCUUCCUUGCAGCCCUGGGGGACCGAGUUCAUGCAGGUCUAAAGCCAUGGAAUGCCUUAAUCCAGGGCAGUUUAAUGUGCUGCUCAUACAUUUAACCCUUUGUUACCUCCCUGCUCAGUGACUGCACUGGAAGAAGCCAAUAAAGGUUCUACUCUUUUCCUCUUAAAAAGGCAGAGGGGAUGAAAUAGGAGGUUUUGGAGCCCAGACGCUGGAAACAGGAGGGGUGACUGGGGACAGGAGAGGUGCUAACCUGACACUUAACACUUGUGCAGCACUGUCCCCCUACAGAGUGCUGUGCUAGCAUUAGUUCCCCCCCAUCGGGGGAUAUUUAUACCCGGCUUGCUUUAGAUAAGGAAAGCAAGAGGCAGGGAGGGGCCUGGGACUUUCCUUCAAGCCCAUGCCAGAGGAUCAGAGUGA